GACCCACACGGCACCCCUACCCGGGCCCGGAGGAUGAUGAAGCUCAAGUCGAACCAGACCCGCACCUAUGACGGCGACGGCUACAAGAAGCGGGCCGCGUGCCUGUGUUUCCGUAGCGAGAGCGAGGAGGAGGUGCUACUUGUGAGCAGUAGUCGCCAUCCAGACCGAUGGAUUGUCCCUGGAGGAGGCAUGGAGCCGGAGGAGGAGCCAAGUGUGGCAGCAGUCCGUGAAGUCUGUGAGGAGGCUGGAGUAAAAGGGACAUUGGGAAGAUUAGUUGGAAUUUUUGAGAACCAGGAGAGGAAGCACAGAACGUAUGUCUAUGUGCUCAUUGUCACGGAAGUGCUGGAAGACUGGGAAGACUCAGUUAACAUUGGAAGGAAGAGGGAAUGGUUUAAAAUAGAGGAUGCCAUCAAAGUGCUGCAGUAUCACAAACCAGUGCAGGCGUCAUAUUUUGAAACGUUGAGGCAAGGCUACUCAGCCAACAAUGGCACCCCGGUUGUGGCCACCACAUACUCAGUUUCUGCUCAGAGCUCAAUGCCAGGCAUCAGAUGACUGAAGACUUCCUGUAAGAGAAAUGGAAAUUGGAAACUAGACUGAAGUGCAGAUCUUCCCUCUCACCCUUGCUCUUUUCACCUCUCCUCACAGGCCUCCUCUUUCAAAUAAGGCAUGAUGGGCAGCAGAGAAAGGGCUUAUUGAUAUUGUUGCUGUUUGGUGUUAAGUGAUGGGGCUUUUUUUUUUUCUCUUUUUAUUGAGGGGGUGGGGGUUGGGUAUGUAAUUUGUAAGUACUUUUGUGCAUGAUCUGUCUCUCCCUUUUCACACCCCUAAAAGUCUCUGAAGAGGCAAACAGCCUUUCCUCUGCCUUGGAUUCUGAAGUGUCCCUGUUUGUCUCAUCCCAGUCCUGGCCAGAUAUUUUUCUUUGAUUUUUAAUUUUUUUUAUUAAAAGAUACCAAUAUGAGAUGAAAUCUUUCAAGAACUUGUAUAAUGUGUGUUAAGUCCAGUAGGUUGGUCACUUUUACUGCAGGACACAUUUAUCUGCACAUUAUAUACUGGGCAUAUAAUAUGUAAAUAAAUGACUUUUAGAAGAGGAAUUUAACCAUUUAAUUUUUCAAGGUUUUUUGUUGUUGUUGUUGUUGUUAUUUUUUUUAAUUUGGGGUGUUUCUCAAGUGGAGAGCCUCACAAUUUACUUUUUUGUUUUUGAUGCUAGUGGCUAGGUAAGUUUCCCUGUCCUCUCUCUUUUCCCCAGUCAUUGACUAUAGUUAUGUAGGGUACGGGAAGAGUUUAUUAGCAACCUUCAUAGUGCUCCCAGGACUCAUGGCCUUCUCUUCUCGAAGCUGUAUUUCCAUGCCAAGAAAGAAACAGGAAGAAACAUAUUUUCUUUUUUAUUACCAAGCCAGGAGCAAAUGGCCUCAGCUCAGAUCUGGAGAAACAAUGAUAGAAAUUGAAUUCCUCCCUACAUGUUGACAAUAGGGAUUUGAACUGGAUUCUUGGGAUUAUUAUCUAAAAAACUGGAGCAUCGAGCACUGUUUCUAUCCUGCUGGUUUGGAAUUUUUUCCGUAAUGCUAUUUAUCGCUGACAACGGCCUUUCUCUUUGUGCGUACAUGCCUUACACCGUGCUGAACUGGAUAUUGUCCUUGUGCUCUGAAGCAUCCAACUGUACUUGGCAAGUGCAGCUGUACAGUCCUGUCCCUGUUCUGGGUAACCAUGUUAAGUUCCUGAAAAGUACACAGGAGGAAAAUUCAGGUGUUUGCUUGUCUUUGUAAUGUUACAGCAUUUGUAAUUGCACCAUGGAGCAUGCUCAGAAAUACUAAAUUUGUCUCCCACGGGGAUGUGAAAGGUCCAUCUUCCGCUGAGAAGUGGUAUGGGAGAAUGCUUAAUCAUUUACUAGAACAGCUACGUAAUGCAUUGGCCCACUGCAAACUGUCUUGUUGGUUUUUGAUACAGAUUUGAUGCUGGCUUCAUUUGCCAAUUAUGUUGUUUAGUUGGGAAGUAAGCAGAAAAGGGUCUUGAGACAGGAGGGGGAGGGUGGGGAGGGGGGCAGCACUGAUCAGUCCCUGGCUUGGGACAGGAGUUUGUUGCUAUACUCUUAAGUGGCAUCUCCUUUGUCAAAGCAUAGCCAAGAUGUGAAAUUAAAAUUGUAGUUCUCUUUAUUUAAAAAUUCUAAUAAAUACUCAAACUUUGAAAAGCUUUUGCUCUUCCCUCCCUAAAAGAAAUGUAUGUAUCUGGUAGGCCUGUGUCAUUUAGUGUUCAUUUUGGCUGACAUCAGUUGAUGAACUUUAAUUUUUUACGAUCUGUUCUCAGUUUGCAUCUUUUCUCCCAGUCUUGAAAUACGGAGCCAAAAAGCAGUGCUGGCAGUUUCCUUAGGAUACCGUUCUACCUCUGGGAAAGGAAUUCUAUCCCCAAGCAAGGGUCCCAGUAGAUAGAAAGCACCAUGGGAUUGGAGUCUAAAUGCCAACUCACUGCACAUGUCCUACUUAAAAACGAACACACUGCUGCUUAUUGCCUGGUUUAGAGCAUUCCAAGAUUCUGUCCAAAUAAGUAAAGGGGAAAAUUAAAUGAAUUCAAGCACUAAACGGAAUCCCCAAAACACAUUCUUCCAAAUAAAUUCUACCUUUAUGACGUGAAUUGAAAGUGCUUUGCAGGAAAACAGUCAGUACUUCUGAAAUAGGAACUGCAAUGUUAGUAGUUUGUGCGUUUUUUAAUGAAGAUACUUUCACUGGAUGAGUGUAACAGUACACUACCCUACCAUGUCCAGUUUGGAUAGUUGUUGGUGUCUUUGGAUCAGGAAAGUGAACUGUGCCAAGAAGUAUUUUUCAGUGACAUGAAUAGAUCCUAUUAAUGCACUUAACUGGGGAGAUUGUGCUGAUGCUUUCUUAACUGACAAAAGGAGACUUUGUCCAACACCAGAAUUGUUGAAACUGGUGCCAUGUUCUGUUACACUAGGAUUCUGAUGAGCUGCAGUUGGUGUUUUUCCCUCCCUGGCGCCAUAAACAUCAUGGCUGUCUUUACUGAUGUGUGGUCACAACCCUUUUGUGAUAGAUUACUCAGAUGCAAGGUUGCAGUAACUUUGUAUUUCCCCCAAAGAAAGCAAGGAGAAACAAAAGAAAGCACAAAGUUUACCCUACUUGCAGAAUAUUUCACCGACACUGAUUUGCCAUUAACUCUGCAAGUAUUCGGCUUUUUCAGGCUUGACAGAAACAGGUUCCUGUGUUCAUGACAGAUAUAAAGUCUCUUUCUCACAGUAAAUUUGCACGUCUUAGAUUCUGGUUGUUACCAGAAUGUCCAUCAGAAUCCACCAUACUCAGGAUAGAGAAGGAUAGCAAUGGAUUUUUUAAAUUAAAAUUUGUGUUUUUGGACCAGGACUGUGUGUGUGCGUGCGUGUAUGGAAGAGAAAGAGAAGGGCUACCUGGAAUCAGCUGUGUUAGAUUUUUUGGUAGUCUCUCAGAACAGUUCAGCCCAUGAAACAGGAGUCUUGACUUUUCUCAUAGCAAACCUAACCAGAUGGAAAAGUUAACGAAUUGACUGUGUUUUAUUUUUACAAGUGUCUGCUGCCCCAUCUGCCCUGCAUGGAGAGGGUUUCCUCACUGCUGAGUCUGAGCUGAGGCCAUCUGGAGAGAUCAAAGAGUGUGGGAGGAUCACCCCCUCUGAGGCCAAGGAGGGCCUAGAAGGUGGCUUCACAGCAGGAUUUCCGCCCUCCACACUGCAAUGGAAGUGUGUGGAAAGGGAGGCACUUGAGGCCUUGCUUCCUGCAGCCUCUGGGGAGCAGAAUGGGUCACUGCCCUCCGGGAGCGUUUGCGGUUUUGCAAACGUGUUGCCACAUAGUCUCUGCCUUCAUAGCAGAGAAGUAUUUUCUGUUUUGAUGUUAGAAGUCAGCCCAUGUAAAGUCUCUUAGACUUGCUUAGAAGAAAAAAGUCACCUUUUGUUUUUAGAAUUCUAGAAGGAAUAGUUCCCCACAGAACUGUGCUUCCUCUUUCUCCUUCCCCUUUCUCUUCUCCACAUAUGGUGCUCGUUGGGGGCUCUUCCUAAACCUCUUCAACCAGAGGAGUAAUCGGUCUUCUCUUGGACCUGGGUGUGUGUUGCACACAUUAUACUUAACAUACUUGUCAUUUCCAUCUAGUGCUGUGUUAAUGCCUUUGUUGGUUUCCCCAGCUGAUCUGUUUUUAAAAAACAGCUUAGCCCGAGCCAUAUGUUUUUAGUUUAUAAAAAAGACUUAAUAACUACAAUGUGAUUUUUGCCACAACUGUGUGAUUUUUAUUUCUGAAAUGUUCUCAAAGCCGUCCUACUUGAGAGUAGAUUUAGAAUUAGAAGAAAUACCUGGAAAGCCUCCACAGUGGAAUGAAUUUUUGCUUUUAAGAGAAGUAAGAGUUAGCUAUAAUUGAUAGUAUAGCUUCAUCUUUGUCCCAACUGCAUUUCAGAAGAUAAUCCACAUCUUUGCAGAAAAGUAGGAGACAUGCAAGACAGUCAACUCAGGCAGCUCUGGGGAGAGGAGAUUAUUUAGCAAUGAUUAAAUAAUGUAGAUGAUUCUUCUAGUUCUUAUUCUUGAAGACUCAAGAGAAGUCAGACCUGAGGCCACGCAGUGUGUUCUGCCCAGUUGGGGCGGCAUUCUUACCUUCUGAGCCCUGCUGGGAUGAAACCUAUUUCCCCAAGUCUGUGGGAGACUUCCAGGUUGUGCAGCUAUUACUGUUAGUGGCCUCAUCCUUGUUCCAUCAGGGCACCCACCUCACUUGGAGUAGGUGGGAAAGCAUCCCAGAGUCAGCCUCUGUGUUCUGGGGUGAGCCUUGCAGCAGACCGCACUGUCCAGAAAAGCUGUGUUUUCCAUGUCGCCCUAGACUUCACCUAAAGCGGUGAGACAUUUGAGAUUUUCAGAUAAAUUGUGAACUGCUAAGCACGGCUGCAUUCUAUAAAAGAUACUGCAUUGGGUGACUUGAGGUCACCUCAGGUCCUAGGAACCUGGAGAUUUUAGGCAGACUCUCCUUUGAAGGCCAAAAGCCUUCCGCCCCUGCCUCUGAAAGGGCAGCUUCACAUUUUGACAGUGUUUUUACACUAGCUGAUAACCUUUUAGGGGUGUGAGAAGCCUAAUCAGGACAUCUAAAAAAAUACGUCUCUCCCUCAGAUUAAUCAAAUAGUUUGUCCUCCUAACCCUUAAAAAUUAAUAAAAAGAGAAAGAAUCUCAUUUGGUGUUGAUAUGAACUGAGACUAGUAGUCACAUGAUUUGAUUUUAUGUGUCUGCAACAGGAAGCUUUCUAAGUGAAAAAGGUGUCUCUCCCCUAAAGCUUUGUUUAUAGUGAUGAUUUGGUGAGCUUGAGCUUGUCUUAGAAAGUGAGACUGUCCACCUGGCAAGGGGAGCAUAAAGGGAAGCCACAUUAACUCAGAAUUCAGCACAGUGGAGGGACUCUGCUGAAGAAGGAGGUGCUUUUGGCUAAAAAAGCAAGAUUAAUACCUAGAAGGUGGCGAGUCACUGCUUCUGUUCCUCUAGCUAUCAGUUGUUUAAUUAAAUACUCUAGGUCUCCUUUGGUUUACAUUCCCAGUUCUUAACCCCAAACAGGGGCCACUAGAACACCAAAAAAGGCAUUUAAACCCCUGAUACAAAGACAGCAAUAUUGCCAUUUUUCCCAGAUUCAUCACCAUUUGAUGUGCCACCCAUCGUUUCACCCCCACUGCAGCCAGGCCAGAUGUGAAGAUUCCCCAAAUCGUUGAGUUGGGGAACAUAAAUUCUGGUUCUGGAACAAAUUACCUAUUAAAUUGCUUACAGUCUGUUUUCUGGGGGGUGCACCUUUCAGGGAGCAUUUCAAGAAUAAAGUAAAAUCACUCUUCUGGGCUUGGGGUCCCAGCCAUGUAUUUAGAUCAAAAUCUUAAGUCUUUGGAACUCCUUAGGAAAAAAGCAAGAUGCCUCAAUCCUGAAGCUGGGCCCUGAGAUUGUACUCCCCUCUCUGUAGUGUGGAGUGGAGUGUCCUACCUUCAGGAAAUAUUUUUUCUAGUGAGAUUGCCUAUAAAUCUCUAUGGGAAGUAAUACUGAUAACGAACCUGUCUCUCUGAAUACUUUUGUGCUAAAUUGAAAAUGUUAACCUAAAGCAGCAAUAGAUCCAUGUAGCCUCAUUCACCUUGUCACUGACCCAUUGGGAGAAAAAGAAAAAAAAAUAGCAUUUCAGGGUUAAACCUUGGUCUGUGUCCUCUGUUUGUUGUGGAGAAAAUAUGUCACUAGUAAGUGAUUCAGAGAAGACACCUAGUUUUGGUUACUUGGUUCCAGCUGCAUAACAGAUAGGAGUUAUGUCAGGGACGGUUGAGACUGACACCCAGAACCAGAACAGAUGGGGCUGCUCCACAUAGAGCCUCCAUAGGGGGCAGGCAGGUGGAAGUGAGGUCUUGGAGAGCUUCCGAAGCACUGAGGGGAGGGCAGGACUUAGAAGUCCUUUGCUCAGCGAGCAGGUGGCUUGCAUUCCUCUCAAGGAUGUGAAGGAUUCAGAAGGGAGCAGUAGGCAUCUAGGCCAUGGUGCGCAGACACAAAACCUGCCCUUUUACCUCCUCCCUCGUGACUGGGGCAUUUUUUGCUCAGAAUCCAAGGGGACACUCCUCCAAGAUCUAAUUUGCUUCAGGUAUUUUGCUUAUUUAGUCUCUGAGCACCUCAUGCUUUCACUCACCCUUGGUUGGACAUAAAUGUGCUGCUCAAAGUGCAAGUUCAUGAGUGAGUCAAGGGCCCAGCAGUUACAUAGUGUUGCAGUUCAUAGUUAGAAGAACAGUUAGUCCACUCUGUUGUAAAAGAGAUACAGGAUGUGGUGUAGUUUCAUAAAUGUCUGAUCUGUUUUUAUUGUUUCAUGUUCUGAAAACUUUCAAACUGGUUUAUCAUCAAAGGAAAGGUUGGUGGUUAGAAUAAGUAAAGUAUCAGUGUAUCUGCCAGUUUGCCAUGUGUCUAAGGAAGUUAGGAGCAUAUGAGGAUGUUGGGAGCCAUUGUAAAAGUAAAGCAGGUGUCUCCGGCCACCUAAGUGUAUCAGAGAGAGGAGAUGGAAGCCCAUUAGUAGCAUCUUUAUACUUAUUCUUGUGUAAAGAGCCCAGUGUAUUUCAGGGUCCUUUCUCCCACCCUGUCCCCUCUUCAGGGUAGGGGAUGGGCUCUGAGGAAGCACAAGGCCCUAGUUCUGUUUGCUAAGCUGUAGGGUAUGAUCUCCAAACAGCAAAAGGCUUAUUUGAGGGGUUUCCUCACCAUGAUCACCUCCACUCCACUCAUCUACCAUCAGCAUCAGAAGGGUUAAAAUCCCUGGGGCCAUUCCAGUUCUAAAACAGAUGAACUAAGGGUGCUUCCUCCCCUGUCGCUAGUGUAUCACCCAGGUGCAGUUUCCCUUUGGCCAAGUUCAACAGGUAUUUCCAGGGAAACCUUUGGAUGGAGGCAAAGUAGCCAAGAUGUAUUGAGUUUAACUUUUUCUGAGAGACAGAAAUCUUUGUCCCUUCCCCCUCAUGCCCAUACAUUUUAACUGAGGCUUAAAUGGCCAAGUGUCCAGAACUGGGACAGAGAGCCAGGGGCCCAUGCACCAGGGACCAGUACCCUGGGGAUCAUACAGACUUAAACUAGACAGCUGUGAUCCCAGCAGAACUGCUGCUGUCUCCUUCUGUCAGGACCACCCAGAAAAGCAAACAACUUAGCCUUGCCAGGGUUAGGUCACCUAGUCCCUCGAUGACCAUUCUACAGACUGAUAAGGUAUCACCUGGUCAGGCAAUGUGCUUUGUAUUUGUAGAAAGUGGAACAACCAGUGGGAUGAGUACACAUAUCCUUGGAGAAGGUGUUAGAAAUAACCCCGAAUGAGCUAAAAAAAACUGGGGGAUCCGAGGAAUGGCGCUUGUGUGGAAGGAGGGUUGGUUGUGGUCCUUUAACCUCUUGGGGCCUGGUGCUGCGUUGUGAAAUCAGGGUUUGGAAUAAUGUUGCCCUUACCCCAAUCCAGAAGUGCUCGAGGACUUAGGAACUACCAGCCCACAGGUGCGUGGUCUUGUUUUCCAUGUUUUAGUUUCUAAAACAGGCUUGGUUGAUAUUGCGUGGAAAAUCAAGUUUUCCUUCCUGCCCACUUGGAGCCACCUGCCCAGGCCUGGCUUCUUCCCCAUUCUCUCCCAGCACUUGUAAGGAAGGCCUUCAGAGUGCUCUUAGGAGCUAAGGGGAGUGGAAUUGGUCCAGGGAAGGUGAAAGGACAUUGUGUUUUCCUGUGUCCUUUUCUCAAGGAGAAAGUUCUUAGGCUUCCUUCACACCUCUCUUUCCCAUGGGUACAGUUGGGUUGUGGAGGAGGGCUGGAAAGAAAACCCAGGUAUGGGUCGAAGACAUGCACAGAAGAUAAGAAAGAGUCCCACUUUCCCCUCUUUAAUACAGGGCAGCCACAUGUAACCAUUCCCCUUACUAAAGCAUCCCCUUAUGUGGUGCCGGCAACAGAGGACAGACAGACCCCUCUCCUGUAGUCUAGAUAGCGCUUUGGUACUCCCCCUAAAGUUCCACCACCCCCAUAUCUCACUCCUUUUUGUAAAAACAAAUGCUUAAACCUGUGAGUGUGCUAUUCCUUUCUAUAUGUUAAUCAGUUUCUUUCCACUUGAGCUGUGUGGGAGGGAAGGGCAUUGGAAUUGUAGGUUGUAAUAUUGUGCCAACCAAUAAAAGCCAAUAUUUCACACACA